UGGAUACUAGGUACAUGCACAGCAAGAUCGUGCAAGGGGCGCUCUUGAGCUCAGGUAGGCCCAUGUUCCUUCAACGCCCUACCACAACACACCCAGCGGCACCUUCCAUGCGGGCAUCUGUUCACGGGACGGCAUCGUACCCACUACAGCAUGCAUCAGUAACUGCACCUGCGCUGGCGCCUAUGGGCAUGGCGGCAGAUGUUGCACGUGACUCCUCUCUCUACGGGUCUAUCGUAGCCGGCGGAGGGCACGUGCAAGGCCUGGUUAUUUACACUAUCAUGGAUGACCUCACCAUCACACCCAUGUCCAACAUAUCCACAGUGGUGCUGAUAAACAAGCUCAACAGGGAACAGAGGGACCUCGUGCUCGAGGAGAAGUCUGUGAAGAUUGCUAACAAAGAGGCGUUCGAUAUUCUCAAGGCUUCAGUGAAUUCCAAUACUGUCCUCACCGAUGUGUUCCUAUCUGAUAACAAUACUAAUGUCUCCCUAUCCAAGAAUAAAAGGGCUUGUACAUCCAGUGGUGAGAAGAAAAAAGACAAUAUCCCGGAUUUAUAUAUAUGAGUCAAGGUUGCACUAUGUUACCAUUUGGAUAAUAAGCGUAUGCAUUGAACCAUGAUUGGUUGUAAAGAAUUUGUCAUUCAUGUAUUUGCAUGACCAAUGACUUGAAAGCAUAUACAUAUAUGUAUAUGUCUGUGGGAAAAAUAAAUCUAGCAACCAUUACCCAAGGAGAGCCUAUCAAAAUCAUUGA